AUGGAAACGAAUGAGCGGGAAGUCCUAGAUUGGGACAAACAUACCGACGAAAUCCGCGAUCUCUUCAUUUCCCAGAACCUUACUCUAGCCCAGGUCAUUUCCCACAUGGAAGAAACGCACAAUUUCAAAGCGACGUACUACCCCCUCUUUAACCCGAGUCGCCAGAUCAUCAAGUUGCAAGCUAACAACACGACCAUGGCAGAGAGAGACACCGACGAGUGGAUAUGGAUUGACCAGGAAAUCCAGCGUCGCGCGGCAGUUGGGAAGAAGUCUGAGCCCUGCCUGCUAGGGAGGCGGUUGCCGGCAGACCGUGUCAGGCGAGAGACUGCGCGACACAGGCGUAGGCGUCAUGCUACCAUGCCCCCAAAUCCUUCCAAAGCCAUCUCUAGCGAGGGUAUCCGUCAGGAGUCCAUCUCCCCGAAUGAUAUCUGCCCGGAGUCCACCUCCACAAAGGGUGUCCGUCCGUCAUCCAUCUCCACGAAUGAUAUCCGUCCGGAGUCCAACAUUGAUGGCGGCAAAUAUGCCAGGAAGUCUCAUGGACCCCAAGCUCCUAUCCAAGCGUCACCUCAAGAGGCUCUCUUCGACAUGCAGUUUGAGCUGGACCAAAUACUUCAACCCGACACUAUGGACAUUGACGCUGUCACUUACGACCCUUUCUCGCUUGACUCGUUAGAGAUGUGGGACUUGGAGCUCGCUAGCGAUCUAAAUCAGCCAACGCCGUGUCGCCAGCCUCCCGUAACAACCGUGGGAGAUCCAUCCAGUCCCGGAACCAGCAGUUCCCUGAGACCGCAGUAUCCAGGAACGAGAUUCUCCCCAGUCUCUCAAUUCUUCAACUUCGAGAUUUUCGAUACUCGCCCUAGUUUUCAACUCAUGACGGAUCUACCAUGGUUUAAGCUUCAAACCACCCUCGAGCAGCUAGGUGCGAUUGCUUCAAAAACCUUCAACUCAUUUUCUAAGCUGACCCCUGAGGAAAAUGUUUCUGUGGUCACAAACAAGCUUCAAAGAUCCAUACCUGAGAGGUGGGAGGGGGACCUGUCCAACAAGAUUACUCACAUCCUUGACUCCCGGUCAACUAGUACCUCCAGCUUGUCCGCGAUCUUCAGCCUUGCGGCAUAUUUUGCGUCCAACAACAAACUCGAGGAUACCCGAAUGGAUACUUUUCUUAAGUGGGUUAUGGACCAAAAAUACACCGAACACCUAGAGCGAUUCCUCCAAAUCAACACACCGACAAUCCAUGCGUUUGCCAGUCACGUUCUGAAGUCUGCUGUUCGUGUGAAGAACGUCAAGUUUCUGACCGCAUUGACGGAUCUUGGGGUCAAAUUUGACAGCAUAUUGGACAAGAUAUUACAGAUCGGCGAUAUGGACUUCAUGAAAUUGGCUUUCUCAAGGGUUAGCCCACCUUUCUGCAAUGGGCAAAAGGGGACUGAGCUAUUCCAUCUUUGUGUUGAAGGGGGCCAUUUUGAUCUUGCUCGGAUGCUUGCUACAAAAGGAGCAAAUGCGGACAAAGAAAUAUCCAGAAAAACUCCUCUCUAUUCGGCAGUAGAGCGCAAAGACCUCCAUGCGGUUACGUUUCUACUUGAAUUAGGUGCCGAUGUCAACAAGGCGUGCUCCCCAUAUGGUAUGGACUAUGAAGCCCCUCUUGCGAGAGCGGUUCUAUGGAAAGAGUUAGAUAUUGUGGCCGUCCUCCUAAAACACGAUGCAGACACUUCAUGCAAGGUAGGAAAGCAGGACAUUGUGCAAUGGUCUUCGUUGAACUGCAGAAACAUCUGCAGGCUUCUGCAGGAACACAUAGGAGGCAUCGAUGUAGGCUUCACAGUUGGAGACUUGGUCGAUGCUGCAAAUGAGGGCAACGACUCCCUCAAUGCCUAUCUACAAAGGCAGCCGAGAACGGUUUCAAAGCAACAGCUCGAGGAAGCGCUGAAUGAAUCCGUCCGGCUAGGGUAUAUCCCGGCCUCCAACGCGUUGCUAAAAUACGGGGUUGAUCCCAAUUGCCCCUGUUUAGAUUCUCCGCCUCUCCGAACCGCUCUGCUGUCACACAAGUGGCCUCGCAGGAUUUGUAAGCUUUUGAUCAAGUACAAAGCGGACGUUAACAGGGGGUUUAUUCUCGAAAACGCUGUUCGUAAGGACGACUUUAAGCUCCUGCAAAUCAUCAUCGAGGCCGGCAUGAAUCUCGAAGAGGAAGGCGAGGAAGCUUUGGUGGAAGCAGCAGUACGUGGCCAUACAUCUCUGGCAGCCUUGCUACUUCACCUAGGAGUAGACGCAAACACUCCUGGGCUCACAAGAAACCCUCUUCAAGCGGCGGCCAGGGAGGGAGAGUUGAAAAUGCUUGAGUUCCUUCUCGAUCAUGGAGCCGAUAUAAAUGCACCGGCAUAUCUGAACGGUGGCCGUACCGCACUGCAAGCAGCAUUGGAGGGCGAGACUCCCGAAAAUGCGUGGCUUUUGCUAGACAGAGGGGCCGAUAUCUCCGGUCCACCCGCGUUAGUGGAUGGAGUAACGGCCCUCGAGGCUGUUUGCCAUAACUGGAUGGCAUUGGACUCGUCAGACCAUCUUGCGGGGCUGUGCGAUUAUCUUCUGGACUGUAAUGCUCCGGUCAAUCGACCGAACGGAAAGCCAAGUUCAGCACUUCAUGGCGCGAUAGAAAGAAGGUGGGACGGGAUCUUGGCUCGCAUGCUUGAGCCUCAUCGCAAUGCGAUCAUCAACCACAUGUGGUGUGAUCAGUCAAUGGAAGAGGAAGACUUUUAUAUGUGGGAGCCUAGAACGCCGACUCAACUGGCAGCAGAGAAGGGACAGUUGGAAACUGUGAAGAUGUUAGUUGGCCGUGGAGCUGACCCCAAUGAGGCGCCAGCGUAUCGAUUUGGGCGGACCGCACUCCAAGCAGCCACUUCCCGCGAUGAACCGGACAUGGACCUAGUGCAGUUCCUUCUCGACAACGGCGCUGACGUCAAUGCUAAGCCCGCCGUUCAUGGCGGGAUCACGGCUCUCCAAGGAUCUGCCAUAUCUGGCGAUAUAAUGCUCGCCAAGCAACUUAUUGACAAAGGCGCCGAUGUCAACGGAGCGCCUUCCUUCGUUGAAGGGCGGUACGCUAUCGAGGGAGCUGCUGAGCAUGGCCGCUUGGAUAUGGUCCAGUUCCUGCUGAAUGCUGGGGCAAGGGGUAAUGUUCUCAAUGGAACGGGCUUCAAAUACGCCAUUGAACUCGCGACAGAGAAUGAACAUUUUGCAAUUGCAAACCUGUUGAAGAACGUGCCCACAGCCGAGGCCUGA